AUGGUACGCAAGCAUGGAAAGUUGGAGUCAAAAUACAAUAGCAUUAUGAAAAUUGAUUAUUUGUUUAAGCUCCUUCUCAUUGGCGAUUCUGGCGUUGGCAAAUCUUGCCUUCUUCUGAGAUUUGCUGAUGAUUCGUAUAUUGAGAGUUAUAUAAGCACCAUUGGGGUUGACUUUAAAAUACGCACUGUGGAGCAAGACGGGAAGACCAUUAAACUCCAAAUUUGGGAUACUGCUGGGCAAGAACGAUUUAGAACGAUUACCAGCAGCUACUACCGUGGGGCACAUGGUAUCAUAGUUGUUUAUGACGUGACAGACCAAGAGAGCUUCAACAAUGUGAAGCAGUGGCUCAAUGAAAUUGAUCGAUAUGCUAGUGAUAAUGUGAACAAACUUCUGGUUGGAAACAAGUCUGAUCUCACUGCAAACAAAGUUGUGUCAUAUGAGCAGGCAAAGGCUUUUGCUGAUGAGAUUGGUAUACCUUUCAUGGAAACUAGUGCAAAGGAUGCCACCAAUGUGGAACAAGCUUUCAUGGCCAUGGCUGCUGCAAUCAAGGACAGAAUGGCGAGCCAACCAGCCAUGAACAAUGCAAAACCUUCAACAGUGCAGUUCAGAGGACAGCCUGUCGAACAGAAGGGCGGCUGCUGCUCAUCUUGA